AUGGAAGAAACAGGUCAAAAUCAAGCUGAAGAAAUAAUUAUGGAGGAAAGCGUAAAAGAAGAAGAACAAGAUAGAAUAAGUUUGUUACCAGAUGGUUUGAUUAUCGAAAUCCUUAGCCGUUUACCUUCUACAAAAAACGCCAUCAGAACAGGUGUUCUCUCCAAACGAUGGCAACAUCUUUGGACGGUUGUUCAUACCCUUAUUUUUAUAGACAACAAUAUCAAUACUUCCAUAUAUAAUAGAUACUUGUCUGCUGAUAUCUUCUCGUUUAUAAACAAAGCCAUAACUCAAUGCCAAUCAAGAGAGAUCAAAAAAUUACUACUCCAUAUCAGUUUCCAUGUUGGCUUUGAGUCACAGCUCAACAAUUUUAUUCGUUUUGCUAUCAAUCGUAACGUCCAAGAGCUUUCCUUGUUGUCAUCAUAUUUGGGAGAUAACCAUAAGUUUGAAUUCAAAGACGACACGUUCUUUAACAGUUCAUGUUUUACUCAUCUCAAAUUAGAACACUGCAUAUUUAGGCCAUCUGGUGUCAUUAGUUGGGAUAAACUUAAGAGUUUGUGUGUCUCACGUGUGAAAUUAGAUAAAGAUCUGAUUCAAAAUAUAUUAUCCGGAAGUCCUUUGUUGGAAACUUUGAAGCUAAAAUAUUGCUGUGGUUAUAGGCGGCUUGAUAUCACUUCUAAAAGUGUUAAGAACUUGGUCAUCUCUGGAUACCACAACUGGUUUACUACUAACUUCGGUAUGGAUAUUAUUCAAAUCAAUGCUCCAAAUGUUUUGUCACUAACAAUAAAAAAGGCAUUGUAUCUGAGGAAGAUUUUGUUGCAAGAUGUGUCGUCUUUACACAAAGCUUGCUUGAAUUAUACAAUCAACAAGGAAUCACUUCAUCACAAUGAAAAAGAGGAAGAAGAGAUGAUUGAAGGAUUCAUACUCAAACUUCACCAUGUCAAGGAGCUUCAAGUUGGUAAACACCAUUUACAGGUUCUAUCUCGUUUGGAAACUAAAGGUCGGCUCCAAUGGGGCUUGAAGUAUAUUACAGCGGCUAAUAGCUAUUCAGACAACGAUUGA